AUGUCCCUCUCUUCCUCCUCCUCCUCGUCCUCCUCCUCCUCCUCCUCCUUAUCCCCCUCCUCCUCCUCCUCCUCCUCCUCCUCCUCCUCCUCCUCCUCCUCCCCCUCCUCCUCAUCCUGCCCCUCUCCCUCCGCCAUCUCCCGGCCGUCUGGCGCAGGCGAAGCGUUGCCUGCACGACGCCAAUUGCUGCGUGCGCAACCUCAUCCGCGACCCGCGCGUCGUGCCAGGCGGCGGCGCGAGCGAGGUGGCGGCGUCCCUGGCUGUGGCGGCCGCCGCCGACAAGGAGGACACCAUGGAGCAGUACAGCAUGCGAGCGUACAGCAAGGCACUGGACGCGAUCCCGAUGGCCUUGGCGGAGAACAGCGGCCUGAGCGCCAUCGGCGAGAUGGCGGCCGUGAAGGCAAAGCAGCAGACGACUGA